UUCUGUCGCGCCACCAGUUCAACGAGCGCUCUGUGGCCGACCCACCAGUUCUUCGGCGCUCUUCGGUGCUCUUCGGCGCUCUUCGGCGCUCCGCCUCCAGCCGAGCGUCAGCCUGGACAGACCAGGAAGGGCAAGGAAGUUCUGCUGCUACCACCACUGCGUCGACUUUCUGCUGCUUACCGCUUUUACAUGUCUCUAUCCGGCCCCUUUUAUAAAUAAAGGGCUGAGGAGAAGAUAAGAAGGGAGGGGUGGAGGGCACUCCGCUUUUCCCAGUCUGACGCAAAAGGCUGUGAGCGUAGUGUCCCGAGAAGGCCUUGAGGACCAAGCGAAAACGAUAAAGCAGUAGAGAGAAAAGCAAAAAAAAAAACUGUAAAAAUGGUGAAAAAGAGCAAAAAGAGUUUAAGUAAGCGGCUGACUUUGAAGAAGAAGUACAAGAUUCUGCGAAAGGUGAAAGAGCACCAUAAGAAGAAAGCCAAGGAAGCAAAGAAGGCGGAGAAACGAAAACCCAGGGCAGAAAAAGACCCAGGGAUUCCCAAUCAAUGGCCGUUCAGGGAGCAGGAGCUGAAGGUCCUGGAAAUGCGCCGCCAGCGGGCAAUAGAAGAUUUGGAGAAGAAGAAGCAGGCGAAGAAGGAGGCGAGGGCAGAGAAGAGGAAGCUGGAGAAGGGAGGGGCAGAGGACAGUAUGGAUGUGGAAGGCGGUGGAGACGGCAAAGAACUUGCGGACCUUGCAGCGAAGGCAAAGUUGAAGAGCGCAGAAUUCGAGAGAAGGAAAAGGGUCAAGAAGGAAGACCUUGGGCUUGCUUCUCUCAAUGAUGGCUCGAGGAGAGCAUUCUAUAAGGAGUUUGUGAAGGUUAUAGAAGCUGCGGAUGUCGUCAUCGAAGUCUUAGAUGCGCGCGAUCCUCUAGGAUGCCGGUGCAAAGAAGUCGAACGGCUUGUUCUCAAGGGUGGACCGAAUAAAAGGGUUGUGCUUCUCUUGAACAAAAUCGAUCUCGUUCCUCGUGAAGUCGCUGAGAAAUGGCUGAAGUAUUUCAGAGAGGAAUUGCCAACUGUGGCUUUCAAGUGCUCAACGCAGUUGCAGAAAUCGCAUCUGGGGCAGAAGUCGUUGCGGCCAGGAAUGACGGACGGGGAUUUGCUGAAUACGAGCGAGUCACUUGGUGCAGACACUCUUCUUCAGCUCUUGAAGAACUAUUCAAGAAAUCAGAAGCUGAAAACAUCUGUGACCGUUGGUGUGGUUGGUAUGCCCAAUGUGGGUAAGAGCAGUCUGAUCAACAGUCUGAAGCGUUCGAGAGUGGCGAAUGUGGGAUCGAUGCCGGGUGUGACGCGAUCAAUGCAAGAGAUUCAUCUUGAUAAGCAUGUGAAGCUGCUGGACUGCCCAGGAGUGGUUUUCGCAUCUGCGAUAGGCAACGAAUCUGCUGCUGCUCUGCGCAAUUGUGUGAAAGUGGAGAGCCUUCAAGAUCCCAUAACCCCAGUGAGGGAGAUCUUGCGAUUGUGCCAGAAAGACAAGCUUAUGAGCAUUUAUAGAAUAGGUCGAUUCAAGGACGCCGACGAGUUUCUGAGGUCUGUUGCAUUUUCACGGGGGAAAUUGAAGAAGGGCGGAGUGGUUGACGUCAAUGCAACGGCGAUGCUUGUUCUGAAGGAAUGGAAUGAGGGUAAGAUACCUUAUUAUACACUUCCGCCUAAGCGAGAGGGGGCCGAGCCGUUGGAAACGAAGCUUGUGACAGAGUGGGGGAAAGAGUUUGACGUCGAUGAGGUCUUCAAGAAUGAAGAGUCCGCAGUAAUUUCAGGAUUGCGAUCGCUGACGGAUGACACGUUUGCUGAGCUUCCACCUGGUGAGCCGGUCACCAUGGAGAUGGGGGAAAUGGACGAAGAUGGGGACAAUGACAUGGAGGAGGAAGAGGAGGAGGAGGAGGAGGAGGAGGAGGAGGAGGAGGACGGCGAUGAUGACGAUGAAGAAGAUGGUAAUGAAGAUGAGGAGGGUGCUGAUGGUGGCGACGAGAAGGUAGAGGAGAUGGAUGACCAGGAGACGGUAGCGCCACAACCGCCUGUAGCUAGAGGGCAAGCAUACUUGCAUCAAACUGAGAAACUGUACGAUGUCGAGGGGAUGUUCAACCCUCACAAGGCUCGUGCGGAUAAGAAGCGGAGGAAGAAGGAAGUGAAAGUGCAAGCAAGCAGCAUGCCACAAGGAGAGGGAAGGGGGGAGGAGAGCAAGAAGAGGGAGAAGAAACCUGAAAAGAAAGGUAGCGCAAAAAAAGACAAGAAAGGUAGUGUAAACAAAGACAAGAAAGGUAGCGUAAAAAAAGACAAGAAAGAUGAAAGCAUGGAGGCGGACGAUGGGAGCGACUAUGACUUUGCAAAGGAUUACAGCUGACGUACACGACAGAUUGGCGUCAGACGAUGAGUACAAUGGUCUUGUAAUUGUUGGGCCUUUCCUUGCCCUAAUAAUUUUGCUGCGGAGAGAGAGAGAGAGAGAGAGAGAGAGAGAGAGAGAGAGAGAGAGAGAGAGAGAGAGAGGCAGGGCAAGUGAUGUUCACUUAGGACCUGCAGCUGUGUUUAGGAGUGUCAGUGUAUUUUUCUGAGAUAGGUUUUCUCAUCGGUAAAGUAGGAAGUGAUGCCAGGUGCUCCUAGAGUUGAGGUAAAAAAGAAGUGUUUGCGCAUAGUAGCUGUCUCUGUGCUACUCUGUUGCAGCUUUCUAUUGGCGGUGUUGUUUGCUUGAAGGUGUUUCUGUGUCCUUUCUUCUUUGGUGAUCAGCUAUCUAUAUCCACCGUUCAAAGUGAAACGAAGAUAAAUUUUACCCGAAGGA